AUGCCUAAGAUUUUAGCUACCACAGGGGGAAACGAAAUGCAAUCAGCUAAUGCGAGUGCGAGUACGUCACAUUCACCAGCACCGGGGUCAGAUUCUAAAUUGGAGAGAAUCGUUCUGCCAGUGUUCGCUCAAGCUCCAGUUUCUAAUUUGACUUCUUCAUCUUCCCUGAGUUCAUCUUCUCCUUCUCGUAAAAAUGCCAGGAUCAGGAGUUCCUUGAUACAUGAUUUUGUAAAAGCCUGUUUAUUCUCCAUACAGAAAGAGAAUUAUGAGCUUCAUACAACUUGUUUGAAUAAAGACAUUCCUCAUGAUGAAAUCAUGGAGAUUUUCAAACAUGAAAGUGACACUGACAGACGAAACAUUGCUCUCUACACUGUUCUAUUUACUCUUGUGACACUUUUUGUAUUAUAA